CAUCUGACAUCCAGCAGCAGAGCUCUAUGCAUGCGACCCCCGAACCUCCCGGUCUCCUCCCAUUGUAGAAACAGCUGUAGACCGUGAACCACGGAGUGCGGGUCUGACACGGAUUACCUGGAUACCUGCUGGAAAGCCUGGGUGGCAUUCAAGCAGCGAGAGACAGAAAGGCAGCGCUCCUUCUGCUUCUUUUCUGGCUGAAGUUUCUCCGCUUUUCUUUUUUAAUGGGAUCUCCUCCAACAACAUCAACCAUGGCGAGCCGUCUUCUUCACACUCUGCACAUAUUACUGAUUCUGGAGUCGAGCUGGGGUAAAAUGGUUUCUGAGGAUCUCGGUGAAGCCGCGCGUAAAGGUGCCGACGUCUCAGCGGCUGUGGAGCAGCGCGUCUUUGCGCACGAAGGCGCGAACCGGGACAUGGUCUCCAUCAAUAUGUUCAAAGUGUACGAGAAGUACAGCAAAGAGCCGCAGAGCCAGAGGGACGGAAACACCGUGAGGAGCUUUAAGGCUGUCCCGAGAGUCUUGCAUGGCAAAGACGUGUUCCAGUUUGACCUGUCCACCAUCCAAGAAUCAGAGCUCAUACUCCUCGCCUCUUUUCAUUUCCUCUACAAGCGGCCCCGCCACCACCAGCGACCGUGGCGUUUCCAGAGGCCUCGCCACCCAUCUGGCGGCCUCCAGCAUCCCUAUCCUGCCCCCCCGGAGCUCCUCUUCCACGGAUCCUCUUCCACAAACUCAGCUUUUGCGACACCGCUCGGGAACAUAACUCUGGCUCCUUUCAAGAAAGGCUCUUGGCAAACAAGGGAUGUAACGGCAGUGCUGAAACAUGCCAGGGAUGUCAAACAGCUCGUGGUCACGGUGGAGUUUGAAAUGGGCUUCGGGGCGGCUCGGGGGCAGCAGAGGAGCCCUCACGGCCAAGAGCGCCUCUCUCCAGCCAACCUGCCGUAUGUCUUGGUAUACGCUGACGAUCAGGCCAUAGAUGAGCCGAACAGCGUGGCCACGUCGCUCCAGAGGUACGGGCCCUUCCCUGUGACGGAGGACGCGUCCCCCUCAGCCUCAGCCUCAAGGAUCCGGCGGGAGCUUCACCUCCAGAUCCAAACCAACGACAUUCCAGAGGUCCAGUACAACACCUUGAAGAAUCAUGAGCUGUGGCAGAACACGUACUUCCCGGCGAAAGCCAAAGUGGCAGUGAAGUCAGGAAGGAAGAGUCUGGAGAGCGGCGAGGGCCUGGGAAAGCCCCAGGUGCUGAGCUUCGAUGAGAGGACGAUGAAAAAGGCCAGGAGGAGACAGUGGAGCGAGCCCAGGGUUUGCUCCAGGCGCUACCUCAGGGUGGACUUCGCUGACAUCGGCUGGAGUGAGUGGGUCUUGGCGCCAAAGUCAUUUGACGCCUACUACUGUGCAGGGGCCUGUGGAUUCCCCAUCCCUAAGGUGGCGCGUCCUUCCAAUCACGCCACCAUCCAGAGCAUCGUCAGAGCGGUGGGAAUCGUCCCCGGCGUCCCCGAGCCGUGCUGUGUUCCAGAAAAGAUGAGUCCCCUCAGCGUCCUUUUCCUCGACACAAACAGGAAUAUGGCGCUGAAGGUUUACCCCGGCAUGUCUGUGGAUACCUGCGCCUGUCGGUAGGGCCGGAGACGGCGGGACGUGCGAUCAAUGAAGAUGAAAGGUUAUGAGGAGGACAUACAGGUAGAGCAUAUAUAUACAUCAGGAGGGCAUUUUUCACAUCGAAGAGGACACCAGUGAUGAGGACAGCGAGAGGACGAACUCUUGAGUCUCAGUUUGAGAACUCUGUCGUGAAACUCUUCUCCCUUCACCCAAAAGCAGUUUAUAGAAGUGCACUUAAUACAAACCUGUUGCUGUAAUGUAUUGACCGUCUGGAGGUUGAAGUUAAGUAAAAAAAUGUAUGCAGAUAGAUCUUCAUCUCUGUUCAUCUCUCAAUAACUUCUUUUAGUCUUUUUCAGCACACUUUCACUUUUAUAAAGUGAUCUUCCCGGCUUCGGUGUUAGACGAGAUAACACUUUCUUCGGUCUCAGCCUGGACUCAGGCCUGGUUUUUGGAAAUGUUUCCAACUCGACCAAGUUCAACGUCUGGGUUUUCAACAGUUCCUGAAACCUUCGGACAUCAGUAUCCUCUGCUGCUUGUCCCCGUCGGUAGGAUUGAACUGAAAUUUGGACCAACUGAUGAACUGCACACUGACUCACGGACUCAAGAGGGUCUGAGGGACACAGAAGCUGCACGGCAGCACAUUUACAUCCUACCAAAUGAAUCAACCCUCGUCAUGUAAAUAAUGUAGUUACUAACGCCAACUAAAAUGGUACUUAUUCUUAAGUGAUGUCACCUUGUUGCCAUUGAACACCUCCCACAUAUUAGCAAGGGACGUUAUUCAUGCGUGAGAGGUAAUAUCUUCUUUGAACUAUAUUCCCAUAGCCAUUUGUUUAUCUUGUAUAUACUGAGUGUGUUUUGAGCCUACUGAGACGUGAUGUGUCGCUCGCUUCUGAGGGAGAAGCGGUGCGUUGCUGCCACCUGCUGUGCAUUUUGGGAAAGUUGAAGAGACUAAACCAUAAGGAGAACGUUUUACAUUACAUUACAUUAGUCAUUUAGCAGACGCUUUUAUAGACGACUUAAAAUUCAGAUUAUUUUUUAGCACUUCCUGUUGCUACUCAGUAUUUCCCUUCGAUACAUAAAUACUAUUCAUCAAAGAUAUAAUUUAGCCUACAGUUUGUAAUGACGGUAGAUUUCCAUAGUAAGUUAAAAAAAAAGGGAUGAAUGUAUCGGACCUUAUAACUGUAUGGCUCAAAGUGUAUUUGAAUAGUUGUGUGAUGUGUGCUUUGACACAUCGUAGACAUAAUGUAUGCAUGGUAAGGAAAUAAACUGAAUUGUACAUACGGUCAAAGACACUUGCUGACUUCCUUAGGUUUCACAACAAGUAUAAAUCACAGACUUUGUGUGCAUUUGACAUACUAUACCUUGCUACUAUGUAUAUACAUUAUAACACACAUAUGCA